AUGAGUAUCCUAGGCCUACUACAGAGAAUUUUGUACCUAGGCAUCUGAACCAGACAAGCGUAUCACGCAGAGGAUAAGUAGUCAGCCAGAAUGGUUGUCACCCGCUCCGCGACAAGCAGUCCGGUCAAGAAGUCAGUUGGCAAGGACAAUAACGGCGGCUCCGACCUUAGACACUUUAUCCUUCCGAAAGAAAUAUCAGAACGAUCUCGUUUUGUUCUACUACGACAUCCGCGCGACACGAGUGUACAGAGAUUCCUGUUUUGUCCCAAUCUAGGACUUUUCCAGUUUAUCAAAGUCGAAACUCCACGAUCAGACCCUCGAAGCCUCUUCUUUCAUGGUCCGCCCUCGGAGACCAGCUCGAAGCGUGGAGAUACCGCGGUGGACGGCAACAGUACGGACUCAAGAGAUGGGAAAAUCAGCAAGAGCGCGGAGAUAUUUGUGGCGACACCUUUUGAUCUGGCUUUCCUGCUGAUACCUUUUGUCAUUCCAUCGAAGCCUCCCACUGGCAAGCACCUGUUUCAGCCAGCCGAUGACAUCUUUGAACAACAUGUUGAAGACGAUAAACACCUCCGGUAUAUUCUCGAGAACGGGCGAAGCCAUGUCCAAGAAGCCAUGUCGAGAUUUUGUGACACGAUUGAAGCCGGAGACGAGCAGAUGUAUCGACCCAAUGAAGACAAAACCCUGAGUAUGAUAAUGGACAAGGUGAAAAUUGUCAUCGAGAACAGCCUUCCCGCGAGCCUGGAAGAGAAAUUUGUUGUCCGGGCUCUCGAAACGCCUGUGCUGAGCGUGAAAAGGGAAGACACAAAGACAUCGACAAAAUCGGAACCUGCCUCGUUGGACGACGCCGGGUCCUUGUCUGACAACAUGGACUCACAGUCGACCACGGCAAGCACUGCUCCAUCGGCCGUGUUCUCAGAGGCAUCUGUGGCCACUUCGACGGCCGGUACGGUGGUGGCCUCGGAUGCAGUACCACAGAAGUUGCUCGACUUGCGCAAGCGAAGCAUUGUUCUCGACUUUAUUCUCGCCUCUUAUGUCCCUGAACCCAUUUCUCAGCGACUCAAGGCAAAGUUGGAAGGCGGCGACUCCCCCCUCGACCUGAAGCCGCUUGAAGAGCACAUGAAAUCAUUGGCUGCUCUGAGAGCGGAUGCACUAGCAUCAAGGUCGCUGGGCGACUUCAGUCGCAAACGUGGCCUAGAGGACGAAGAGGCCGCGGAUAUGAGAGCGGAAAAGAAACGAAAGCAGGAGGAAGAAGACAAGAAGAAAAAGAUGGGCGAGUCAAGAGGGGUUCGAGACUUGAAGAAGGUCAACGUUUCGGGUAUGAAGAAAAUGUCAGACUUCUUCACCAAGAAGCCUGCUGGCAAGGCAAAAAGAUGAAGACAGAAAACGAUGCUACGAUGGUUAUGAGACACGUCGUAAUACCCAGGUCAGCCAUCACUCACCAGUGUUCAACAAUCAUGUGGUGGUAGAUUCACGAACGCCGAAGCUGGUUCCCACUUGUAUGAUUUUUAGAUCCAAGGUACGAGUUGGUCAUCAGGACUACACGGCGCUCUCUUUGGGCCAUUUAGGUCAAACUUCAAGGCCGAGAUUCUUCCGGCAAUAUCGUCCAGGAUCUAACGCCACUCGGCACGGCGGUCGACCUACAAGUCGAUGUCGGGGUCAACAAGUCGAACCUUACGGUAUCACCUCAUGACCUUCUAUCCUUGAACGAUUCGAGUCGUGGUAACAUAGCUUGAGGUUUGACAUCCGUCCCCAAGCUGCAUGCAUCUAGGGUGGCUAAGAGGAAGAAGGUCGUCAAAGUGCACAGUACGUGACCAAUAGCAUCAGUCUGACUACAUAUCCGUGGACUUAUGCACGAUCAGGCGCUUCCGACGGCCUUCAUGAAGGGAUAUGUGAUGGUCGCUAUAAAACCUCGAACCUCAUGCAUGCGAAUUCCACCGAGAUAGAAGUCUGGAUAGUGGUCUACGCAACGAUAAGGGAUUGGCAUCGACGUGU